AUGGUAGGACGUGGGUACCCAGAGUUGUGCCGGGGAGAAGGGUCAAGCCCAAGCAGGGACGAGCGGGAAGUGGUGGCGCAACCGGAGCCGCCGCUAGGAGAACAUGGCGGGGGAGUGAGGCGAGCCACCAGCAGCUCCCGGUGUUGUUACCCGGGUGCGUCCCGCCCACUUCCGCCCCCGCGCCAACCGCCGUGCGCGGACGGCGCAAGCAUCGCCCCUCUCUGCCCCGCCCCGCCAAUCGCGGGGGAGCAGCGGCCUUUCUGCCCUGGCUCCAGCCAAUCGAAAGCGACACAAACACUCGGGGCCACGCCUCUUAGGGGCCGCCCAAUCCGGGACGACACCCUCCCGGUCUCCGAGUCACGGGCUCGCAGUGCGCGGCAGGCGGGCGGUGCUCCGCCGGCCAAUCGGGAUCCACACGACAGACGAGGCCACGCCUCCCUGGGCCCCUCAGCCAAUCGCGGGAGACGUAAACAGGCGUCGGCGCGCCCCCGGUGGGUGGUGACAGCGGGUGGGCACGCGUCGCUCGCCAUGGAGGAGCCGGGUCCGGCCGCGGCGCCGCCGGAGGGGCGGGGGCGGGACGAGCGGAGCCUGGAGGCGCUCAGCCUGGCUGGCGGCGGAGGGGCGGCGGUGGCGGGGCGGCAGCUGUCGGAGGGGCGGCGGGCGACGCUGGCGAGCGCCCUGGAACUGGAGGGGACGGUGCUGCGCGAAGGGCGCCUCACCCAGUUCGUAGCCAACAACCUGGAGCGGCGGAUCCGGCUGAGCGGCGCCCCGCGGGGCGAGCCUCCGGCGGGGACCGGCGGGUCCUCCAUCCCCGCCAUCGACCCCGGGGCGCUGCAGGACGUGGUGGCCCUGGCUGGGCAGGUGGCGGCGCAGGUGGACGAGCUGCUGCGGAACGUGCACUGCGGGCUGCAGGCGCUGACGGCGCUCAGCGUCGGCUGCAUCCAGACCUACCGCGACGGCGUGGAGAGCCUGGGCGAGGCGGCCGACCUCAGCAUCCGCGCCAUGUACGCGCUGGUGGCGCGCUGCGAGGAGCUGGACCGCGCCAUGCAGCCCGUGCCCGCCCUGGCCAAGCGCAUCCGUGACAUGAAGGGCACGCUGGAGCGGCUGGAGGGGCUCUGCAAGUAGCUGCUCCCGCCGCCGCUCCUCCCGUGCCGGCAGCGGGGCCUGGGGCUGCUGCUCUCUCGCUCCGGCGGCCCCACCGCUCACGGCGUCCGCAGCUCCCACCUGCACAUCCCCGCUCGCUCUCCCCGUGCGUGAAUUGCCGGCAGCCGUGG